GAAGAUAACAGGAGAGUUCAUAGUUUAGAAGCAUUGCCAGCUUGAAAUAUUUUAUGGCAUUAAUACUAAAGAUAUUUUUUGCUGACUUUAUUUAACAACGAUAUUUAUUCCGUAACUAAAUCAGAAAAUACGUGUGCUAUGGCAAUCUCUCUUUUCUCCUCAAUUCUUGUGAGGUACAUUCAAUCGGUUCACAGGUGACGUGGGGCAGAGAAUGUCUAAUUGUGGGGUUGAUUAGAAGAAGCAGAAAAGAGAAAUUUACGAACAGGUGAAAUAUAUAAGAAUCGUGGAAGAUUAACUAAUAAAUUUCUUCUUAAAUAUUUGUAAAGAAAAAUUAGAAUUAUAAUCUAUUCUUAUAAUUGGAUUGCUUAUAACAAACGCAAACACAUAUUCAUACAAGUGUUUUAUUAUACUUAAUGCGUGAAAAUACUUCACACCUGGAAACGAAAUUUAUUCAGAAGAUUUUGUUGGUCUGCUUCGUACUCACUAGAAAAACGGAAAUUGUCUGUAUAACAAUGCCAGAGUAUUUGCAUGAGAACAGAAUAUAUUUACUGAUUUUUAAACAAUAUCAUUUGUUCUAAAGGCCAACAGCUCCACAGUAGCUGUAACAUUCUACAUAUAUAUACCAGAAACUCCUAUAGAAAUCGUUUCGAAUGGAAAGUAGCUAAGAGCCAUAACCUGGAAAUUUUGUUUAAAGAAAUCUAUCAACAAAAGGCGAGCAAGAAAAGAAUGGCUUCUGCCACUGAGCUCAAGGAAAAAGAAAAUGGCACUGAAAAUAAAUACAUUAAUGUGAAUGAUAUAUCUGAUGAGUUAUCAUAUCAGCAUAAAUUAAUAAACGAUGCUUCGAAUGUAACCAAUCAACAUUCAGGAAAUGGAUUUUCACUUACAGAAAACAAAAGCAAAACAAAAACUCGUCAACUUAAUGGAACAACCUCAUGUACACAUACCACUUCAAGCAAAGGGACAUCUACUGGUACAUUCAUGAAAUUGAAAACAUAUUUACAUGCAUUGCGUCCAUGGUCAUUAUCUGGCAGUUUGGUACCAACAUUGAUGGGAUCUGCGCUGGCUUAUCGUUCUCAAUGGGCCGCUGAUUUUAGUCUGAUAACAUUUUUUUUAACUGCCUUCACAGUAGUUACAGUGCAUUGUGCAGGCAAUGUGGUGAAUACUUACUUCGACUUCGUGAAGGGUAUUGACAAACAGAAAGCCGAUGAUCGAACUCUCGUUGACCACAUUCUCACAAAGGAUGAGGUAGUUUCCUUGGGAGCAAUUUUAUACAUGGCUGGUUGCGGUGGAUUCAUUUGUUUAUCCUUUCUUAGUCCAGCGAAAAUGGAGCACCUAGCACUAAUUUAUUUUGGCGGCUUAUCAUCUAGCUUUCUUUACACUGGUGGAAUCGGUUUCAAAUACAUCGCUCUUGGAGAUGUUGUUAUAUUAAUACUUUUCGGACCACUUUCAGUAUUGUUUGCAUAUAUGUCACAAACCGGUCACGUGGAUUGGACCGCAAUUUAUUACGCUCUUCCUUUGGCACUUAAUGCGGAGGCUAUAUUACACAGUAAUAACACGCGAGAUGCUGAAAACGACCGUAAAGCUGGAAUCGUAACGUUAGCAAUACUUAUUGGACGUACUGCAUCGCACGUCCUUUAUGCUUUGCUUCUCUUCACACCCUACAGUGUAUUUGUUGUAUAUGGCCUGAAAUACUCGCUUUGGUUUUUAUUGCCGCUUGUGACAGUACCACAGGCAUUUCAGAUCGAGAAACGUUUUCGUAACGAACAUACCAUGAGUGCUGUUCCGCGACAAACAGCUAAAUUAAAUUUCUUUUUCGGUAUACUCUAUGUGGUAGCAAUAUGUUGUGCUAGACAACUACCCGAUUUCAGUUAUCGCAAACAUUAGUGUGUUCAAAUUGUUUAUAAUAGUAGCGAAAAUUUGCAAGGCUUCCACAAAACAAUUUAUAUGAAAUCAUAGAGGAGCUAAAACAAAUACUACAAUGAAAACUGACUGUACAAUAAAUUUUUGUAAUAAUUAGAAGCAAAUAUUAAUAACUUUCUAUAAAAAUGAGUACAUGAAAGUACACCUUACACAAAUAGAAUCUGAAGUUUUAUUUAUUAUAAUAAGCUGAACGAAGUUUUAUAAAACGAUUAAAAUAUUAAGGUAGUUUAGCAUGGAAAUAGGGAAUUUUUCGUAAGCGUUAUAAACAAAUAUAAUGUAUAUGUAUAACAUGUGUACGAAACAGAACUAAAUGAAUAUUCACUUCUAAAUUUUGAUAUCGAGUUUUGCAGUUUUUAUAGAGUACAGUUCAUUUCCAACUAUAUAAUCAAGAUCCAACAUUCUAUUCUAAAAUGCCUCACUAACUUGAGAAUUAUGAGAGUGUGCCUGUUGGCAAUUGAAUACAAUCGGUAAUAAUCGCGCGCCCAAUAAGGAUUUUUAUGUUUAAUCCAUUAUAAUAGUAAGCGUAAUAACAUAUUUUUACCAAAACAGAUGACAGUUGUUGUUGCCGAUAUGUAGAAGUUUUUUCAUUUAAAUUAUAACCAAUUAAAUAUAUCUUCAGGUAAUUUGAGAGAAUUUAAAAAUACUCAUACGAUUUGCAUGCUAUGCGAUUCUUGAACCCAUUAAUUUAUAUUAACAAUGUAUGUAAUCUCGUAAUUAAUUUCCUUAAUGAUUUGGUAAUCUCAUAAUUUUAAAAUUUCAUGUAAUAUAUUUAAUAAAUAAAAGUGCUUUAAAAAGGAGGA